AUGACAACUGACAAACCCAGGGUUGCGUCUCAGGACGGGUCGCGGUGCAUGUCACCAGUGGCACGACACUCAGUUACCCCUGGCUCAUAUACGGAUGCGCCUAUUCGGGCAGCGUCCAAGAUUCCAAAGGAGAGGGAAUCGACUGGGGAUGAGCCAAGCCAGGCUGCGCCCAGGACCGUACUCUCUCCGACUGAACCUACAGCAUCACCGCACAGGGAAGCGUCCACCGUUGCGACCAGAUUAACUGCGUCGGUUGAGCCAAAGGGGGUCACUCUGUAUGAUGCAACAAUAUUGUCUGAGUCUGAAGGUGAGGCACCAGCGGCAAGAUCGAUGCCGAAGACCGUGGCAACGACGGAGAAUGCAUGA